UUCGAGCCGACAAAAUCCUAUCAAUUCGAAGGAUAUACGGGAAAAGAAACCCAGCCACAUCUUCGAGUUGCCGUUCAAUACAAUAUUCAAAAGAAGGUGGUCAUCGUUAAGGUGAUAUCACUGCAUUCAUGUGAUCUGUUCGCAGAUGACGUCACACAGGUACGAAUAUCAUAUGGUCGUGAAAGAGCUAAGCAGCAAACAGCUGUAGUCAGAGGUGAAGAGCCGGCCUUCAACCAAACUUUCUCGUUCACCGAUGUCGGUAAAGCUGAAAUUCAAACUUCUUCACUACGAUUUCGUGUUUAUUCACGAAGCGGGAUGUCUAGGAUGAAUUUAAGAGCGGAAGGACAAUUAGAAGGUAAAAAAGUAGGUCGCGAUAGCCCAACAAUCUGUUCUGUACCGCUAAACAAGAUCAACACUAUCAAAUCUGAGGUGCCAAUGAGGCGAUUGGAAUCGGGUAAGCGCCCCAUAUAG